GAAUGGAUGUAACAUGAUAUCCUUGGAGUGCGCAAAACACACAAAUUUUGCAAAGAUUUGCUUUUCCGGUUGAGUAACGCAACGAAAAUGGAUGAAUCAGCUCUGCUGGACCUGCUGGAGUGUCCCGUUUGCCUAGAACGCCUCGAUGCUUCUGCCAAGGUCCUGCCUUGCCAGCACACGUUUUGUAAGCGCUGCCUGCUGGGCAUCGUGAGCUCCCGCAAUGAGCUUCGGUGCCCGGAGUGCAGGACUUUGGUGGACUGCGCUGUUGAUGAGCUGCCCAGUAAUAUUUUGCUUGUCAGACUACUGGAUGGCAUCAAACAGAGGCCUCGGAAACCUGGCGCUGGUGGUGGGACUGGUAGCACAACUGCGUUGAGGGUCCCGGUCAACACUGCUGCAAACUGCGGAUCGAAGGAGCUGCAGAGCGCUCAAGCUGGACAGCAGCAAAGAGUGCAAGCACGGAGCCCUCCUGUUAGGGGAGUACCUCAGUUACCAUGUGCCAAAGCAUUGUAUAACUACGAGGGAAAAGAACCUGGAGAUCUUAAAUUCAGUAAAGGAGAUAUCAUCAUUUUACGCCGGCAGGUGGAUGAGAAUUGGUAUCAUGGAGAAGUCAAUGGCGUUCACGGCUUUUUUCCUACCAACUUUGUUCAGAUUAUUAAACCUUUACCUCAACCUCCGCCUCAGUGCAAAGCACUUUAUGACUUUGAAGUAAAAGACAAGGAAGCAGAUAAAGACUGUUUACCAUUUUCAAAGGACGAUGUUCUGACUGUAAUUCGCCGAGUGGAUGAAAACUGGGCAGAAGGAAUGCUGGCUGACAAGAUAGGGAUAUUUCCCAUCUCAUACGUUGAGUUUAACACAGCAGCCAAGCAGCUGAUAGAAUUGGAUAAGCCAUCAGGCUCUGCUGUAGACUCUGGAGAAGGUACCUCUGGGGCAACCCAUAACAAUUCAACCCAAAAGCACACCGAUACCAAGAAGAACACCAAAAAACGGCACUCUUUUACCUCCCUCACUAUGUCCAACAAGUCUUCGCAGUCUUCUCAGAAUCGCCAUUCAAUGGAAAUCAGUCCUCCUGUUCUCAUUAGCUCCAGCAACCCAACGGCGGCCGCCCGCAUAAGUGAGCUGACAGGCCUUUCCUGUAGUGCCCCUUCUCAGGUUCAUAUUGGUACCACAGGACUGAUUGUGACUCCACCUCCUAGCAGCCCAGUUACAACAGGGCCUUCAUUUACCUUCCCAUCAGAAGUUACCUACCAAGCAGCUCUUGGUAAUAUGAAUCCCCCUCUUCCACCACCACCACCUCUCCUGUCAGCUGCCAUCGUUGCAUCAGCCGGUUCUGGCCCUCCCUCUGCAGGGGUAGCACCAAGGCCUGCAGCAGGACCAGCUGACCCAAUUGCACAUUUACGACCACAAAGUCGACCGAGUGUAUACAUUGCUAUAUAUCCAUACACUCCUCGGAAAGAUGAUGAACUGGAACUGCGRAAGGGAGAAAUGUUCUUAGUGUUUGAACGCUGUCAAGAUGGUUGGUUCAAAGGAACUUCUAUGCAUACAAGCAGGAUUGGUGUUUUUCCUGGCAAUUACGUGGCCCCAGUUACAAGGACAGUGACAAGUGCGUCCCAAACAAAAGUUCCCAUGUCUACUGCUGCCCAAGCAGGACGAGUGGUAACGAUGGUCAGCCCUUCCACAGCUAGUGGGACAUCGCAGAAGCUCCAGGGAAAUGGUGUGGCAGUGAACUCAAGCACAGUGCCCACGGCUGUGGUUUCUGCAGCACAUAUCCAAACCAGUCCGCAAACUAAGGUCCUUGUGCACAUGACAGGACAAAUGACGGUCAACCAGGCUCGCAAUGCGGUUAGAACAGUUGCUGCGCACAGUCAGGAAAGACCCACGGCAGCGGUGACGCCCAUACAGGCACAGAGCUCAACGUGCCUUAUUCCUGCUGCCGUGAUCAUCCCGCACCACUCGGCUGCUUCCCAGCAGCUCCAGCCUCCGCACUCGAGCACGGCGGCCUACGUCACUGCUGUGAACGUGAGCCGCUCGGCCGUGCCGCUGGCGUGUGCAGCAGCAGCAGCUUCCUUGGGCUCCCCCAGCGUUAGCCCUCCCGCUGUGGAGGGAGACGGCGGUGGGAGAGCUGUGAACGCUCACCCUGGAGCCCCUGCGUCCCCGGAUAACACGUCAGGAGCCGGUGGAAAUGCUGCCGUCGCUAAACCGGACAAGGAUAGCAAGAAAGAAAAGAAGGGUUUGCUGAAACUGCUUUCGGGGGCGUCCACUAAGCGCAAGCCCCGGUUGUCCCCUCCAGCUUCACCAACCCUGGAGUCUGAGCAAGCAGCAGCAGAGCUGGCCCUGCAAGGUGCAGUGGGGCCGGAGCUUCCUUCAGCAGGAGGGCACAGCAAAGCUGGGCCCUGUCCCAAUGAGAGUGAAGUCUCUGCACUGGCACAGGAGACRCUGCAUCGGAAAACCAGUUCCCUGGAUUCCAGUAUUCCGAUAGCGCCUCCUCCUCGGCAGCCGUGCUCAUCCCUGGGUCCAGUCCUGAAUGAAUCCAGGCCUGUUGUCUGUGAAAGAUACAGGGUCGUGGUAUCCUAUCCUCCACAGAGUGAAGCAGAACUUGAACUUAAGGAAGGUGACAUUGUGUUCGUACACAAAAAACGUGAGGAUGGCUGGUUCAAAGGCACGCUGCAACGAAAUGGAAAAACUGGCCUUUUCCCCGGCAGCUUUGUAGAAAACAUUUGAGAAGUUUCAUUCCAAGAGCUUCAAUUCAUACUGUACUGUAAAAUAGCACAGGUAUUCUACCAGAAAAAGCACAGUCAUGAAAUACUUUCAAAUGACUGUAUGAACGAAAUUAUAUGUAUUUCUACAUUGUCUAUAGCACAAUUACACCAGCGAACAAAGACAAAAGCACCUGCUGGUUUUAUCACUUUGGAUUCUUAAGUGUGAUGUGUGCCUUGUACUGUCUUGAUUUAUUAUCUAGAGGAACUUUUUUUUUCCAAUGUUACAUAAAUGAACAAUUGUUUACAAGGCUGUAACUAAUUUAUUCUUGUUUUUUUUCUUAAAAAAAAAAAAAACUUGAAUUUUGUGUAAUGGCUACAAUGCUUGUGAUUAUGAUUUUAACAAAUAAUUAAUUUAUGAAAGAAUAGCUAAGGGGAAGCUGGGUUCUCUCCUUUUAAGCAAGCAAUUAUAUCUGAUAAAGAGCCUCCUACUUACCCUCUAGACAUUCUUCCCCUGCUGUGUCUGACCAGUGGAGUAAGUCUCUGUUUCAUGAGUUAAUGUUGAGUGGUGGUGAUGUGGCGUCAAAUGGAAUUUGCCAUGUGGGGAAAAAAAAAAUGUGUAUUUUGUUCUUAGGAUAGAGGAAAAAAAGAGAAAAAAAUAGUCAAUGGUCAGUGGUGUUCUCAAGUCUAGUUCUAAUUCUUCAUAAAUCACCCAGGUAGAGUAAUGUUUCCRGGAGGUGAAAAUAUAAGUGAAAAACUGAAUAAAAUACAACCAUCUUAUAGUUAGGACCAUCUAAAGGUUAAGGAAGACAGAAAGUUARGAGUGCUAAUAAGAAAUUCCCUAUUCCUUUUGUUUAUGUAAGAAUUUGGCUGUCUGAGCAAAGCUUAGCUUUGCCUAUAUAGCCGAUUCUUUGGGCAUUUACCUCUCAGGAUCCAACAAAUUUGGAAGCAAUGAAGCCCUACACUUAGAAUGGUGAUAACUUCACAACACCUUUUUGAUGAGACUGAAUAUAAAAAUAAAUUCUAAGCUGUACUUAAUGUCUAAAAAUGCCUAAGAAGUGUAAUUUGCUGUUUUCUUCUCAAACUGAUCUGCAUGGCCAAGAGAUGUUUAAAAUAUCUGAGCAAUAGUGGUGGUAAGUGAUGCACUUGUGUUAAAGUAAAAGGCUGUAUGAAACACUGUGAAAACUUUACUAACUUAUUAACCAUUGCUACUUUGGUAUGUUCUGACUUUUUCUUUGUCUUGCAUGUCUUGCUCAACUCUUACAGUAAUAUAACUGUGCAUGAUCUACAUUUUUCAUUCACAUUUCCUGUUGCGGGGUUAUUUCGCUCUGAAAGUUUCCCAAAAGCCACUUGACCAAAACUAGUGAGCACCUCACCUUCAGCCAGAGAUAUGGUGGCCAGUGUUUGAAUCCUUAUUAAAAUAUCAUACUGUCCUUACAGCUGGUAGAUAGUAAAGAAUGAGACUUUCAAGAAAACUGAUCUUUAGUCAUUCAGGGUUUUAUUAGAAAUUUGACACUGGCAAACGCACUGCUCAGCCAAGCUUGUUUUUYUAUAUUAUUGUUUGAUUAUAGCAGAAUCUAGCUCUGAUUCUUGCAAGACACUGAGCACCAUCAUCUCCAGCCAAAACUGCCGGAAUUUGGCUGCUGCUCAGCACUUUACAAAGGGAAGCCAGUAGCGCGAUUCCGURUCGCGCAAUACACGGAAGUAGUGAUGAACAAGUACGCAGUGAUGUAUCAAAUCCUUAUCUUGUCUUUCUUUCUUUUUGGUUUUUUUUUUGAAGUUAUACAUUGAAAAAUAUCAAAUAUUAAUGACAAGGAUUUCUUGCAAUAUCAGGUAGUAUCAUGAUGGUCUUAAAAAUAAAUAAAAAUAUAUAUCUAUAAAUUUAUAUAGUUGGAAAUGACAGCAUUCCCAAAUUAGUUGUCUCUCUGAAACACUGUAUAAUUCGCCUUUUGUGUUUUUAAA